CAAACAAGAACAUAUCUGUGUACACAGGAGCCUGCAGCUACUGCCGUUCAAUGAAAUAUUAUUCACACUGUGUCCGCAUUUACUUGGAGACCCGAGGAACAAGGCCAGAGAGAGAGAGAGAGAGAAGUCUUUCAGCUAAUGCUAAGUUGGUGAUGGAUAGAGGAGCAGCUGUGACAUCUGUAAUGUACAACUCUGCAGGCCCAAUGAGCACAGCCCACAGCCACCCGCCCCCCAUGGGGGGCAUGGUAGGUCACCCGUCAGUCAUCAGCACCUCAAGGCCCCUGCCGUCCCCCAUGUCGACCUUGGGCUCCCCGAUGAACGGCCUGGCCUCACCCUACCCCGUCAUUACGUCAUCCAUGGGCUCGCCGUCCGUGUCGCUGCCGUCCACGCCCAACAUGAACUUUGGACCACUCAGCAGUCCACAGAACCAUCCUUUACGCCGUGAAUCUCAGGCCAGAGAAGUGCAGACACACGUGUGGCUUGUUAAAAGCCCUAUGAACUCUAUGAACAGCGUCAGCAGCUCAGAGGACAUCAAGCCUCCGCCGGGCCUACAGAACCUGGGGAGCAUAAACUACCAGUGCACCAGCCCGGGGGGGAUGUCAAAGCACAUCUGUGCCAUUUGCGGGGACCGAUCCUCAGGGAAGCACUACGGCGUCUACAGCUGCGAGGGAUGCAAGGGCUUCUUCAAGAGGACCGUCCGCAAAGACCUCUCCUACACGUGUCGAGACAACAAAGAGUGCCUGAUCGACAAGCGCCAGCGGAACCGCUGCCAGUACUGCCGCUACCAGAAGUGCCUGGCCAUGGGCAUGAAGCGAGAAGGUGUGUCGGUGCAGGAGGAGCGGCAGCGCGGCAAGGAGCGCGGCGAGAACGAGGUGGAGUCCACCAGCGGCUGCAGCGAGGAGAUGCCCGUGGACAAGAUCCUGGACGCCGAGCUGGCCGUGGAGCCCAAGACGGAGACGCGCGGCGACGGCAGCCCCGGGAACUCGACCAACGACCCCGUCACCAACAUCUGCCAGGCAGCGGACAAGCAGCUCUUCACCCUGGUGGAGUGGGCCAAACGCAUCCCGCACUUCUCCGAGCUGCCCCUCGACGACCAGGUCAUCCUCCUCCGAGCAGGCUGGAACGAGCUGCUCAUCGCCUCGUUCUCGCAUCGCUCGGUCACCGUAAAAGACGGCAUCCUGCUGGCGACGGGCCUCCACGUCCACAGGAGCAGCGCCCACAGCGCCGGCGUGGGCUCCAUCUUUGACCGAGUUCUGACCGAGUUGGUUUCCAAGAUGAAAGACAUGCAGAUGGACAAGACGGAGCUGGGCUGCCUGCGAGCUAUCGUUCUCUUCAAUCCAGAUGCAAAAGGUCUUUCAAACCCAUCAGAGGUUGAAGGGCUGAGGGAAAAAGUCUACGCCUCGUUGGAGUCGUACACAAAACACAAAUACCCAGAUCAGCCCGGCAGGUUUGCCAAACUCUUGCUCCGACUUCCUGCCCUGCGCUCCAUCGGCCUCAAGUGCCUGGAGCAUCUGUUCUUCUUCAAGCUGAUCGGGGACACGCCUAUCGACACCUUCCUAAUGGAGAUGCUGGAGGCGCCGCAUCAGAUCACAUGACACCUGUCCGACCCGUCCCCUGUAUAUACUCCUUUAUUGUCAGUGAAAUGAUGAUGAUGAUGAUGAAAUAAAGACUUGAUUCAAAUUGUAAAACAACAUAUUUUGUACCAAGCAAGACAUUGUAAUUAAAACUAUUUUGCAGUUGUGGGCAGGUUGAGAUGGAGGAUUGAAUAUACUGUCGAAAUGGAUUCUAAUAGAGCUGUUAACAGAUUUCUGUUGUAAAUAAAUAAUUUCUGGACGUGUAUCCAUUUUAAAGGCAACCCAAUGCAAUUUGACAAAUAAUAUUUCAUUCAAAGUGGAAUUGUAUAAAGACAGACACCGUCCCUGCAUUCUGAAAGCAGAAUUCUUACAAAAUAAAUUUAUUUAAAAAUG